GGGCAGUAGUCUCAGAUCCAACUAAUUCAAGAGUUUGAAAGGUUUGGGGAAUUUUUGUGGGGUUUCCAGAACUAAACACCAGUGAGUGCAGGAAGUGGCUAGUGGGGAUUUUAAAGCCUGCAGUUUAAUUUACUCCACAAUCCAAAAGAUGUCAGCGCAUUUCAACAAGGGCCCUGCAUAUGGGCUGUCAGCGGAGGUGAACCGUAAGAUUGCCCAGAAGUACGACCCACAAAAAGAUGAGGAUCUCCGGAGAUGGAUUGAAGAUGUCAUUGGAGUGGCUCUUCAUGAAAGCUUCAUGGAUGGGCUGAAGAAUGGAAUUGUAUUGUGCAACCUAAUAAAUAAACUACAACCUGGCUCCGUGAAGAAGAUUAGUGACUCCCCACAGAACUGGCAUCAGUUGGAGAAUAUCGGAAACUUCCUCAAAGCAAUCACAAAAUAUGGUGUGAAGCUUCACGACAGUUUUGAGGCCAACGACUUGUAUGAGAAUUGCAACUUGACCCAAGUUCAGACCACACUCAUGGCCCUAGCCAGCUUGGUAAGUGCCUCUACAGUGACCACCUUAAUCAAAAUGCUCUGCAACUAUUUAAUAGAACCUCUGACCCACUCUUCUCUUGCUGCUAAGGUAAUCUCUUAUUUCACACAGGCAAAGACGAAAGGGUACCACACCAAAUCGGAUAUUGGUAUCAGAUAUGCAGAAAAGCAGCAUCGAGUUUUUAAUAAUGAGACACUGAAAGCAGGACAGAACAUCAUUGGACUUCAGAUGGGGACAAAUAAAUUUGCCAGCCAGCAGGGUAUGACAGCCUACGGUACCAGACGGCAUCUGUAUGAUUCUAAAACCGGAGUGGAGAAGCCUCUUGACCAGACAACCAUUAGCCUCCAAAUGGGAACCAACAAAGGAGCAUCACAGGCUGGAAUGACAGCACCGGGGACACGGAGACACAUUGUUGACAGCAAGAUGGGCACUGAAAAAUUUGACUCCAGUAUCGUGUCACUACAGAUGGGAACAAAUCAGGGGGCCUCACAGAAAGGAAUGACUGUGUAUGGGCUAAGCCGGCAGGUAUGUGAUGCAAAGUACUGCUCCCCUUCCAACUUCCCCAACGAAGACGGCAUCCAGUUGGCCUGCGACUCAGAAUACAGAGAGUGCAACAACCCAGACUACAAACAAAUCCAGUCCACGGAUGGCAAUCGCCCAAGGCAAAUCUAUCAGGACUUUGAGUAAGAACGCAGCGAUACUGGUUAAUGGACUGACUUGUGCAAAUGUGCAUUGCAGCCUUAUGUGUAUCCCUUCACUACAAUGCCCUAUGCUCAGUGAAAGCCUCCCCCCAUCUAUACCCAUGUGUUAACCCUGGCCACUGCUACACAGAACACUUCCCUGCCAAUGCACACUGCUGCAGAAACCCAUGGCCAGCACCAAUACCAAAAAUGAGUAGGCAGACACCCCAUUUUGCUAUCCACCCGAGCCAGUAAUGGGCCAGCCAAUGAACAUGAAAUUAUGGGAGAAAGCAAGAAAAUGCAAUCAUUGGCAAAAGGCUAUGCAACGAUUGGGUUAUAUCUGGUUUAAAGAGCUUAAACAUAUCAGGUGUUGUAAAACAAUCCCAAAUCUUCAGUCACAUACUCAGAAUGAGUUUUAUGAGUGCUAUUAUCAGACUGAUAUAUUUUGUACAGGACUGGAUUUCCAAUUCCAAUAUAUACCAGAGGGUAAUUUACCGAUUCAACAUUCAUUCCCACCCUCUCCACCUGAACCAUCGGUUAUUCCAACAUUGCCAUGUUGUAUGAUUAACAGUAUGGAUACUGGUGGAUUUAAAUAUACAAUUACAACUCUUGUAAAAGAUGGAGCCCGGUGUCACUGGGAAUGUGGGCUGUUUCAUUAAGCCAACUUUGAUAACGUUGAGUUUCCAUCAUAGUAAAAUGUUUAUGCUGCUAAACAAGCACUGAGAAAACCAUCACUAAGGGUUAAACCAUCUUAACCAACUCAGCACUAAUCCAGUAACCACAGAAAAAGCAGGAAACGAUAGAUGGACUUUAGAAGCACCUAGAUUAGUUUCUUGAUUUAGAGAAGCUUUUUUUUUUUUUAAAGCAAUGCAUCAAGUAUCUAUAUCCAGCAUAACUAACAGUUGGAGAUCCAGAAUUUAAUCUGCUCCAAAACACUUGCCUUUUCAAUCUCGAACCCCCCCCCCCCCCCCCCCCCCCCAGAUUUAGACAAACAUCAGAGUUGAACUUUGCAAGAACAGCAAAGGCUGAGAUCAGGCUUUAUUGGAACUUUAGCCGGCUUACUCUUUGUACAGAACCACAUCCAACCAAAGGACAUGUGAUCAACCUUACACAGGUGAUCAGAGGUUAAUAUUUAUAUUCAAUAAAACUGUGACAGCAUCAACUGUAACAUGGGCAACUAUUUUCUUACUUUGUUCAUUGUGAAGAUGCAAACAUGUAGCAGACCAAGGCCUGAAAUCAGAUUCAGCCAAGGAGCACAUCUUUCAUAAAAGACUCUUAUUAGCUUAAAACAAUCUAUAACCAAGUCUCUCAAGCUGAGCUUCAGCUGUGCCCUGCCUCCCUGCACAGACCUAACACUGGGCACAAGUUUUGGUAUCAAUUCCCCAGUUUAAUGUCCACCUGGCUGCCACUGCAGAAUAAGUCAAUGGGUAAUGAAAGAGUGGUAAACAAAACUACACCAGUGUUUAACCAAUCAUAUCUGGAAACCUUCAGGUGCUAUCAAUUCUUUGUUUGAUGUUCAGGCAUGUGAUAGUUUGACAGCAGUGAUUGAACUGUUAAUCUCCUGUGACUAAUUAAAGGUCCUUUUACUGCAGUAAACUGAA